UAGUAUGCCUCAAAAUAGUUUUCUAACAAAGAGACUGGAGCGAGUUGUGACUGUGAAAAGCUUGUUCUGUACCAAAAAUGGCGACUACUUUGAGUAGAUUCAUCAAGAAAGCUGCAUCUUCAUCAAUCCCACUAGCAAAUCAUCAUAGAAAUUACGGAUCUGCCAUCUUCACUACCCCUCUGAAUAACACUAUCACUCAUAUUAGUAAUCUUUCUAGGGCAAGGAUUUCGAAUCAAACCCAAAUCUCAUCAACAAGGUUUUUCUCUAAAUCUCCUCAAUACGUUGAGAAAGUUGGAAUAGUGGAGUUUUUGAAUGGAAUCGGUAAAGGAGUUGAAACACAUAUUGCUAAACUUGAAUCGGAGAUUGGUGAUUUCCACAAAUUGCUCGUUACUCGGACUCUCAGCCUUAAGAAACUUGGUAUCCCUGUCAAACAUAGAAAGUUGAUCUUGAAGUACACUCACAAAUACAGGCUUGGACUUUGGAGGCCUCGAGCUGAUACGUUGAAAGCUUAACUUUUAUGGCAACCACUACUGAAACCGUGAACAAUUUUGCUCUGCAUGAUAUGGUUUGGGUGUGUUAGCCUUUACUGUUGGCGCAAUGCGGAAAUGUGAUGGGUUUAUGAAAAUGAUUUUGGAAGAGAGUUUGGUUAAUUGAAUGAUAAGUGAGGCUUAUAUUAAUUGGAAAUGAAAGUGAUACAAUGGAACUUUAGUGUAGCAACUUUGGCUUACUCAAUUUCUUACAAGGAAGUCUCUUGGACUUGCACUUA